GCCGUCGCCGCCGGCGUGUUUACUCCGGCGAAGUCAGGGUUAGGUGCGCCUCGAGGAGCGCAACCCAUCCCCGCAAGUCACGUCCCCAGAAACCUCCGCACGCGCCGCCACGCUCCGCUUCUCUCCGGCGACCUUCAAGCGCGUGUACACCACGCGCCGCCUUCCCGGCGCCGGAAUCGCGCCGCGCCACCGUCGUUCGUCUCGCCGGAGCCUCCUGGUCUUAUAUCUGCUCUUGGUUCUCUGUUUCGGUGACCAUAUCUUGAACCUAGGGUUUCUUCUCAAAAGUUAAGUUUUUCUUUAAUGGCUUCUACGGGUGGAAUGUCUCCCUCUCUAUCAGCUACUCCUAUUAUUACCUCUGCGAAACUGAACUGGAAAAAUUACUCCUCUUGGUCAGCUUCGGUGGAGUUGUGGUUUCUUGGUCAAGGUUAUCAUGAUCAUCUUGAAAAAGAGGUCUCUAAUAUUUCAGAGGAAGAGAAACCUAAGUGGCAGAAAUUGGAUUUUCAGUUGUGUGCUGUUUUAUGGCAAUCAGUUGAGCAAGGGGUCUUAGACAUUUUGAGACCUUACAAGACAUGCUUCUCUUUUUGGAAAAGGGCACAAGAUAUUUUUGCUAACGACAUUCAACGCCUCUUUGAUGCAACUCAAAGAGUAGCCUCACUCAAACAAAUCAAUCAUGAUAUGGUUUCUCAUAUCGGAAAGGCUAGGGCUGCAGUAGAAGAAUUGAAGAGUUUUUUUGUGGCUGAUUCAUUAGAAGAUAUCAACAAAAAACUUGAUAAGUUUUACAUGGUCUUAAUUCUGAGGAGCCUACACUCGACUUUUGAUCAUGUGCGUGAUCAAGUUUUAGCCGGUGAUCAAAUCCCUUCGAUGGACAACUUAGUUACUAGACUUCUUCGUGUACCUACAUUGGUCAAAGAUGAAAGUUCAACUGAUGUUUUUGAAACAUCAGCAAUGGUAGCACCACGAGGAAGAGGAGGAGGUCGGAGCAACCGUGGAGGACGUGGUGGUCGAAGUGGGCGUCCUCAAUGCUCAUAUUGUAAUAGAAUGGGCCAUACCCAAGACAAGUGUUAUUCCUUACAUGGUUUUCCCGAUAAAGCUGCUCAUGUGUCCAAGUCUGAUCAUUCAGAAUCUAGAAUUUCUGAUGAAGAGUACCAAGAAUUCUUGAGGUACAAAUCUGAGAAAUCCAACAAUCCUGACCCAUCCUCUUCAAUGUCAACUGCAUGCAUCUCUCAAUCUGUGGAAGGUCUUAGUCCAUGGAUUCUUGACUCAGGUGCCUCAGAUCAUGUCUCUGGAACAUGGUACGGGUCGUCUGAUUGGAGAAGGACAUGAGUCACGGGGACUUUAUUUCCUAAAACCAAGCUCCUCAGUAUCUUGUUUUGCAACUUCAUCCCCAAAACUUUUGCAUGAUCGUUUAGGUCACCCAAAUUUGUCUAAGUUGAAGAUGAUGGUUCCGAGUCUCAAACACAUUCAAGCCUUAGAUUGUGAAUCGUGUCAGUUAGGAAAGCAUGUUAGAUCUUCCUUCCCUAAAAAGUCUGAGACACGAUGUAAUUUUGCUUUUUUUACUUUUCAUUCUGAUGUUUGGGGACCAAGUCGUGUCACUUCUUUUGGUUUUAACUAUUUUGUAACGUUCAUUGAUGAAUUCUCUCGAUGUACUUGGGUUUAUCUAAUGAAAGAAAGAUCGGAACUUUUAUCCA